CAUUGACAGUUCUCUUCCGGGUUGACUGAGUGGGCAGGUCUCUUCAGCUGCUCCGUCUCCGUUAGACCGAAUAGCGGCGCUCAGUGCUUUCAGCCGGAGCGCAGCGCUCAUCCCGCGGACGGAGUGUCCUCGAUUCUCGGCCAAUUUACACCAUAAUUACCAGCGAACAGGCCGCCUUGCGCGCACUAAACUAACGGGUUACCAUUCCCCUCGAAAAGAGACGGCGGAUUUUGAAAAGCGCUGUAUUUAGGGCCAGCUUUCCGCUCGACUAUGUUUGGGAUUAAUUUUUGAGGUACUACGAUCUGAAGAUCACAAUUUUUUCAGCGCGUGGAGCCUCAGAUCCGCACUGGGACGAAGCGAAGGGUCUCAACGGUCUCUGUUGUCGUCUCGUGCGCUGUCGAAACGAGAAAAGGGAGCAUGCGUGAGUAACAGGUUUCUGUGGCGGGACCUCAAGCUCCUUCCCUCAUCUGGAGCCCCUGCGCUGUAGGAUACGAGACCGCCUUCCUUCACCCACUCUGACCUCAGUUCAACAGGUGUGAAGAUGAGGAAGUUUGCAUACUGUAAGGUGGUGCUGGCCACUUCUCUGGUGUGGGUAAUGAUAGACAUGUUCAUCCUCCUCUACUUCAGUGAAUGCAACAAAUGCGAUGACAAAAAAGAGAGAGGAUUGCCGGGGAGAGACACUGUGGUUCAGAGGCCUCAUGAUGGCCCAGGGGAGAUGGGAAAGCCAGUGGUCAUCGCUAAAGACCAGCAGGAGAGGAUGAAGGAAAUGUUUAAGAUAAACCAGUUUAACCUGAUGGCUAGCGAGAUGAUCGCACUCAACAGAUCUUUACCGGAUGUCCGGCUCGAAGGGUGUAAAACAAAGGUGUAUCCAGACGGUCUUCCACGCACCAGUGUGGUGAUCGUGUUCCAUAAUGAAGCGUGGACCACACUGCUCCGAACAGUUCACAGCGUCAUCGACAGGUCUCCGAGACACCUGCUAGAGGAAAUCGUGCUAGUGGAUGAUGCCAGUGAGAGAGACUUUCUGAAGCGGCAGUUGGAGCAGUACGUGCGGAAGUUGGAGGUGCCGGUCAGGGUGGUACGGAUGGAGCAGCGCUCGGGCUUGAUUCGCGCUCGGUUGAAGGGGGCGUCCAUCUCCACAGGUCAGGUGAUUACCUUUCUGGAUGCCCACUGUGAGUGCACCACCGGCUGGCUUGAGCCUCUCCUCGCCCGCAUCAAACUUGACAAGAAGACGGUAGUGUGUCCCAUCAUUGACGUGAUCAGCGAUGACACAUUUGAGUACAUGGCAGGGUCUGAUAUGACAUAUGGUGGGUUCAACUGGAAGCUGAACUUCCGCUGGUAUCCGGUACCACAGAGAGAGAUGGACCGCAGGAAAGGAGACAGAACGCUGCCUGUCAGGACCCCCACCAUGGCAGGUGGUCUCUUCUCCAUAGACAGAGAUUAUUUCCAGGAGAUUGGCACAUACGAUGCAGGCAUGGACAUCUGGGGAGGCGAAAACCUGGAGAUUUCCUUCAGGAUUUGGCAGUGUGGGGGGACGCUUGAGAUAGUCACAUGUUCUCACGUCGGUCACGUGUUCCGUAAGGCGACGCCGUACACGUUCCCUGGUGGAACUGGGCAAAUCAUCAACAAGAACAACAGACGGCUGGCAGAGGUCUGGAUGGAUGAGUUCAAGAACUUCUUCUACAUCAUCUCACCUGGUGUGACUAAAGUGGAUUAUGGAGACAUCUCUACCAGAACAUCCCUGAGACAGAGACUGCAGUGUAAGCCGUUUUCCUGGUACCUUGAAAAUGUCUACCCAGACUCCCAGAUACCACGUCACUACUACUCGCUAGGAGAGAUCCGUAAUGUGGAGACUAACCAGUGUUUGGAUAACAUGGCCAGGAAAGAGAAUGAGAAAGUGGGCAUUUUUAACUGCCACGGCAUGGGCGGCAACCAGGUUUUUUCGUACACAGCCAAUAAAGAGAUCCGAACUGAUGACCUCUGUUUGGAUGUGUCCAAACUUAAUGGUCCUGUUAUGAUGCUCAAGUGCCAUCACUUGAAAGGCAACCAGCUCUGGGAAUAUGACCCUGUGAAGCUGAGUCUGGUACACGUGAACAGUAAUCAGUGUUUGGACAAGGCGUCUGAAGAUGACAGUCAGGUGCCCAGCGUCAAGGACUGCACCGGGGGCCGCUCGCAACAGUGGCUCCUCCGCAACGUCACACUGCCUGAGAUAUUCUGAGAUCGCACACGGACGGACAGAUGGACAGACUCUCACACCGACGCUGAUGGAGAGAGCGUGAGAGAAAGGACUGCUUUCCUCUCAAUCCUGGUGGUCUGCCUUCAAAUGAUCUAAAAGAACAGAACCACAUAUGUAUAUGAAUCUCCCCAUCACUCCACCUUGCCGAGGAAAAAAACGAACGAUGGAGAGAAAGACUCACUGAGAAAGAAACUUGAGUUUGAUGCCCUUAUCCUCCUCGUUCGAGGAGCAGCGGACAUUUUGGUUAUGUUUACGAGAACGCCUCCCUUUUAGAGUAUCAGUGUGUGUUUGUGUGUGUGUGAUGGGAAUGUGUGAGUCACAGUGUUUUCCACAGGAGUUUUUUUUUUUUUUUUAAUUUAAGUAUUUUUCAAACCUUGUAGAAGUGAAGGAUAUCUAGCACAUGAAGGAUAUGCUAACGUGUGAUCGAGUGCAUGUGUGUGCAUGUGAGAUUUCAAGUGUGUCACAUAUCAGGAUAGAUCUCCUGUCUGUGGACGUUGCAGUGGUCUGCGAUCCGUUUGACACAGGGGCUCCCCCUACUGGCCACUGACACACACUGAACUGUCUAUCAAUCUUAGUCUCAGUCAGUGGACUACCUACAAUCAAUCACGUAUAGAUCUAUAAUCAAUGAACAGGAUGACUGAUCGUCUAGGACGUGUUUCAUAUCGUCAGUGAUCAUGUAACUCUUUUUUUUGUUUUGUUUUUUUGUUUUUUUACACCAGUGGUUGAUACUUUUUUGGUUUCUGCGUUUUUGAGUGCCACGUACAAGCACUUUUCACUUGUUAGGUUUUGUUUGUUUUAGAACUUUGUCGAGUCUGUCUAUUAAAAGGUAUGGUAGUAAUUUGACACACAGUUUCAGGACUGUCCUGAACUUACCCCAAAUUGUUGCCUUCCUCUGGGUUCCAGCCCUUCGGCCGACAUGGGUUACCCAUAAGCACGUGGGUUGAUCGGGAAGAGAUGGAUCAUCUUCUGUCAUAUCAUCCAACAGUAAAAGGGCUCGGUCUCACUGUGUACAUGCACGAGAAAGAACUCUUUCAUCUGAUAUCUUUCUUUGUUUACGUUACAUUGUUACUGAUUUUUGUGUAGAAUUUCUUUAAUUCGUCAACACAUUUGGUGUCUGAAGCUUCUAGUGCCCGUAUGACCAAGUUUCAUGUCUUCAAACUGUCUGAUAGCCUAAAGAGAUUGUCCUGCAUUUCAGAUUUAUGCAUUUCUGACUUUAGUUUUAAGUGAUCCAGCAUUUAAUUUCAGCUGUGAUGGUUGAGGAUAGUUGGAAAAUGAACCCCUCUGUUUUGAGAGUUGUCAUGUGGAAUCAGGAAUCAGUUGAGAUUUUUGUUUUCCCCUAAAUAUUAUUGUCUUGACCCUGUCUAAAUACUUCAAAUGAUCUGUACUCUUUGUGUCGCCGUGUACCAAAAGAUUAUUCUAAAUUGUAAGAUUCUACAUUCUUAGGGCCUGUUUACACUAGUGCGUUUUCGUUUUAAAACGCGUAAGUUUUGCUACGGUUACGCCUUUUGUCUACGCCGACAUUUUCGAACCUCGAAAACGCUGCAGACCCCUUUUUUAGUUUGAAAACGCUGGGGUUGCUUUUCAGUAUAAACGGACCAAAACGGAGACUUUUGAAAAUGAUGCCGUGGCUGCCCAUGUUCGCUCUGCGUAUCCUUGACGACCGUGUAAACGGCAACAUGGAAACGUACACUUGUACGUGCAUGAACGGUCAUGUGACAUGCGUUUUCGGCCGUGUAGUAUAGACGGAGAUCGUUUCUGAAAAGCUGUGGAAAUGAAAACGUACGGAGUCCCGCACAUGACAUGCAAGAAAAAUAAAUAAAUCAUGCGCACGAUUUACUAAUUCGUUCCCUCGAUUUAUGAAAUAGUAAAUCGUGCGCACGUUUUAGUAAAUCGAGGGAACAAAUUAAUAAAUGGUGCCAUGAUUUAGCCUAUUAUUUUUUUUCCUGCAUGUCAUGUCCGGGGCUCCGUAAAAACGCACUAGUGUAAACGGGGCCUAAUACUGUACAUUGUGAGAUUCUAAAUUGUAGCAUUUUAAAUAUAUAUUCUAGAUUCUAAGAAAAAAGAUUUUAAAUACAGAUUCUAGAUUCUAAAAAAAGAUAAAAUUGUAAAUUGAGAUUCUAAAAUGUAAGAUUCUUUAAAGGUGCUCUAUGUAAGUUUUUGACUGUACUAAAUCAUAAAAAUACCAUAAUAUGUUUGCAGAUAUUUAUUAAACAUGCUUAGUUCAUAUACUCGUUUCUCUGAAAACCAUUGCUACAGCCAGUUAUUUUACUUUGAAAUUUGCGUUCCAUGUCGGAAUGUCUGUUUUUGUUUUGGUCUGUGCAAGACCGCACAUUGCCAAUUUACCCAAUGGUAUUUCGCCAACCCGGGUUGCCACUUGGCGCAAAACUAAUGCAGUGCAGUGAAACAAACUGGGUCAGAGAUCGCAGAUUUUACCUGACCUAAAAAGCCUCAGCAUCCAUCUAAAAAUCUCUAUGAACGGGAGCAUAUUAAAACGCGAUAUCAACUCAUUAUAAAUCAAUAAAUCAACUAAUUAUCUUACAAUGUCAAUUGAGCUCGCUCCUGUUGCGCGUCUUCAAACUGGCAACCCGCGAGAGCGUCGAGUCUGAGGAGGAGGGAGCGGGGCAACAAUAUUUUGAAUUUGGACUGCAGUACCCAUUUCAACCACUAGCUGUCAUUUUUACAUAAAGCACCUUUAAAAAAGGUUCUAAAUUUUAAAUUCUAAUUCUAAAAAAAAUCUUAAAUUGUAGAGACUGUAGAUUCUAAAUUGUGAGAUUCUAAUUCUAGAAUUCUAAUUGUAUGAUUGUAAAUGCAUUCUAAAAAAGAUUCUAAAUGGUAUGAUUCAUAUAUUCUAAAGAAAGGGGCGGUUUCACUGCAUAGGAUGGGUGAAGAUCUUACAAGCAUUUGGACAGGGCCUCAAGAUCAUCUGUGUAGAUGUGCGAGUGUGAACAAGUGUGUGUGUGUUUAUAUUUGUCAAAGGGAUGUCUUUUGUUUUUGUCUUAUAUGUUUAAUUGAGGAGGGUCUGGCCUGCUGAUUGGUGGGUUAGAGAGCCCUGUGUUGAGAUGAUCCACAGGCUGGAGAAAUAAACCACAGAAAGUUUACAGUCCAA